AGCGCGGAUUCUAAGAGCAGCUGCUGUCCCUGGCCCCGCCUGAGGCAAUCGGAGGGUACCACGAGGGGACGGAGCGCACUCCUCUCACCAUAGUCCAGAGGCCACCCCAGGCCGGAGGUCGGCCUCGGAACCUGGGGUAUGUGCAGCUAACGGUCCGGUCGGGCUGGCUUUCCUCUGGCCAAGAGCGCAGGAGGUGCGCCCCAGCUAUGGAGUGUCCCGGGAGACGGCGGGCAUGACGGCGACAGGAUGGGCGCGAACAAUGGCAAACAGUACGGCAGUGAGGGCAAAGGCAGCUCAAGCAUCUCAUCCGACGUGAGUUCAAGUACAGAUCACACUCCGACCAAAGCCCAGAAGAAUGUGGCUACCAGUGAAGACUCCGACCUGAGCAUGCGCACACUGAGCACGCCCAGCCCAGCCCUGAUAUGUCCACCGAACCUGCCAGGAUUUCAGAAUGGAAGGGGCUCGUCCACCUCCUCGUCGUCCAUCACCGGGGAGACGGUGGCCAUGGUCCACUCCCCGCCCCCGACCCGCCUCACGCACCCGCUCAUUCGGCUGGCCUCCAGGCCGCAGAAGGAGCAGGCCAGCGUGGACCGGCUCCCCGACCAGUGCAUGGUGCACGUCUUCUCCUUCCUGCCCACCAACCAGCUGUGCCGCUGCGCGCGCGUGUGUCGCCGCUGGUACAACCUGGCCUGGGACCCGCGUCUCUGGAGGACUAUCCGCCUGACGGGCGAGACCAUCAACGUGGACCGCGCCCUCAAGGUGCUGACCCGCAGGCUCUGCCAGGACACCCCCAACGUCUGUCUCAUGCUGGAAACCGUCACUGUCAGUGGCUGCAGGCGGCUCACAGACCGAGGGCUUUACACCAUCGCCCAGUGCUGCCCCGAGCUGAGGCGCCUGGAGGUUUCAGGCUGUUACAAUAUCUCCAACGAGGCCGUCUUCGACGUGGUGUCCCUCUGCCCCAACCUGGAGCACCUGGACGUGUCAGGGUGCUCCAAAGUGACCUGCAUCAGCUUGACCCGGGAGGCCUCCAUUAAACUGUCCCCCUUGCAUGGCAAACAGAUUUCCAUCCGCUACCUGGACAUGACGGACUGCUUCGUGCUGGAGGACGAGGGCCUGCACACCAUCGCGGCGCACUGCACGCAGCUGACACACCUGUACCUGCGCCGCUGCGUGCGCCUGACGGACGAGGGCCUGCGGUACCUGGUCAUCUACUGCACCUCCAUCAAGGAGCUGAGCGUCAGCGACUGCCGCUUCGUCAGCGACUUCGGCCUGCGGGAGAUCGCCAAGCUGGAGUCGCGCCUGCGGUACCUGAGCAUCGCCCACUGCGGCCGGGUCACCGACGUGGGCGUCCGCUACGUGGCCAAGUACUGCAGCAAGCUGCGCUACCUCAACGCGCGGGGCUGCGAGGGCAUCACGGACCACGGCGUGGAGUACCUCGCCAAGAACUGCACGAAACUCAAGUCUCUGGACAUCGGCAAGUGCCCUUUGGUAUCCGACACGGGCCUGGAGUGUCUGGCCCUGAACUGCUUCAAUCUCAAGCGGCUCAGCCUUAAGUCCUGCGAGAGCAUCACCGGCCAGGGCCUGCGGAUCGUGGCCGCCAACUGCUCCGACCUCCAGAUGCUGAACGUCCAGGACUGCGAGGUCUCGGUGGAGGCCCUGCGGUUUGUGAAGCGCCACUGCAAGCGCUGUGUCAUCGAGCACACCAACCCGGCCUUCUUCUGAAGGGACAGCUCGCAUCCGGCGUUGUUUUCAUACAAACGUGAACAAAACAAAACGUUUUGUGUUUUUUGGUUUUUUUUAUAAAAAGAGCAGCGUAUGUAAGCAUCGACACCCACUCAUAACAGCUCUUUCUCCCAGGAAGGUUCUUAGGAAUCUGGCUUUUAUUUUUCCUAAUUUCUCAUGGGCAACAGAGGUCAAAACAAUUCCAAGGGAGGGGAGGGGCGGAGACAAACUUCCCUUACAGCAAACAAGUUUGCUGGGUCCAGACAAUGCAUAGGCAGUUUCUCUUCGCACAAAAGAUGUGCCUCAGCAGCCUGGUGGCAGUGUCUUCAGAAAGGCACCUUACUUCCCCACCCCGCCUCACCCCCUCCCUUCCAGCUGUAGCAAGACAAUAAGGCAUCAGAACACAGCAAAUCACCAUCAUGAAAAUGCCUCCCGGUCGCCCCUUUAAAGUCCUUGUUUGGCCUAAAUUAUGCUCUUCAGUCCCACCCAAGCAGGUCCUGGCUAACUAAAUCACAUAGCACUUUGCACAUAGGAAGUGCUUUCCACACACCUUUUUAUAAAUCCUUUGUGGCCAGCAGCAUGAGGGGAGAAGACACCUUCACUCUUCCCCCAGCCCUGCCCCUGACUAGCUGUGUGGCCUUGGCCCAAGCACUUCACCUCUCUGGGCAGCUGCUUCCAGCACAGAGUCAGAGGCCAGCCAGCUCAAAGAUUAGCUUCAUUCUCAUUUCAGAAUUGAGGGGACAGAGAUAUUAACAGAAGCACCUGGGCAUAGUGCACACAGCAUCUACCUCUACCAAGAGAAUUGAU